AUGGCCAAGGCACAAGAAGAUCACGCGCACUACUCAAAGGCCAGGCGCGGCGAUGCCCCCGUGUACGAGGUGGGAGAUAUGGUAUGGCUGAGCUCUGAGAAUAUCGUCACCCAGAGACCCUCCAGGAAGCUGAGCGACAAGUGGCUUGGUCCAUUUGCGGUAUCACAAACGUACAAGCGGGCGUGCGCUCUUGAGCUUGACGGGCAGUUUAAUGGCAUCUUCCCUGUGUUCCACCAUUCACUUUUGCGACCCGUUGAGCAGCCACGGACCCAGGCACAAGUCGAGAUCAACAAGGACUCCCAGGACGACCAGAAGGGACUCAUCAUCGUCCCAGAUGACAGAGGACACCUCCAGAGGAAGUGGGUAUUCAUCAGAGUGACUGACAGCUUUCUGGAUAAAAAGGAAGGAUUCCAGUACCGAAUCGAGUGGCAGGAUGGGACUACAUCGUGGCAGCCAGCUCGCAACCUCCAGGGAUGUCACUGGAUCAUUCACGAGUUCCAUUGA